CAAGAUGGCAAUCGUAAUAAGAAAAGCAACAGAGCAAGACAUCCCCCACAUCGCCGCCCUCGCCGGCAGAGCAUUCCAUCCCACAACCGACUGGCUCACCCGCCAAAUCUUCCCCCUCCACCUCCAACCAAACAACAUCCCCGACGGCGAAGCCGCACUGCCAUGGCGCAUUUCGAGAAAAACUGCGAUUCUUCGCAGCCCAAACACCGCUUCAAUAGUAGCGAUUGAUACUUCGGCUCCGGAUAACCAGAUCGUCGGGUUUGCGCUGUGGGAUCUUCCGGCUGGGGAUGAAGAGACGAAGCAGCAGCAGCAGAUGGUUACCGCUGCUGAAGCUGAGUUGCCGGCCGCUGUCACUGACUUGAAGGCGUAUGCAGAGCUUCAGGCUAUCCUGAAGGAGGAUUGUCGAGCUACUUUUGGGGAUAGAGAGCUUAAGGACGUUUGGCACCUCGACUUCAUCGGCGUCGACCCAAAACACCAACGCAAAGGAAUCGGCAAGGCUCUUCUAUCAUGGGGCGUUGAGCAAGCCACAAAAGCCGGCAGAGACUGCUAUCUCAUGGCCACGCCACAAGGAAGGCCGCUCUACGAGGCCGCUGGUUUCGAAGUCGUGCGGCCGUUGGAUAUGUUUGGCGUGAUGCAUCAUUCGAUGAUACUCAGGACUAAGCACGUGAAUGGAACAAGAGCAUGA